AUGUCAGAUAUUUCUUAUGUAAUUCCAAUGGAGGCAGCUCCAGAUAAAAAUAAGAAAAUUUUAGAAAUUAUCUGCUCACCUAACUUAAAAUAUGUUGCUGCGUUGUACGAAGAUGGCAAUAUUAGUCUUUGGCCUAUUGAGCAACCUGACAAAAUAAUUAAUAUUGGCAUGAUUUACAUUGGAGAAAGUGAUGAAAAAAUAUUUGCAAUUUCAAAUAAAUAUAUUUCAUUCAGUAUUAAUAGAGACGAACACUAUAAUUUCAAAAUUUUAGAUUUUGAAAAUGAAAAAGAGGUAUUAUUAAAAUUUCCAGAUUGUCAAAAGAAAAUUGACUAUUUAUCCUUCAUUGAUAACGGUGAUAUUAUAAUGAUAAAUACUAAAUAUUACAGAGCAUAUGUUUUUUCAAGUAAAAAUAAUAUUACAUGGGUUUGUGAAUCAAUGAUUGAGCUGAAAUAUUUUAAAAAAAUUUACAUUACUCCUAAAGGAAAAUUGAUCAUAUUUAAUGACACUAUUUAUGAAAUCACGAUGUGGGAUGUUGAAGCAUUAUCGAUUAAAACUCAUAUUUUAGUAGAUUGGAAUUUUACACCUGAAUCUAUUGAAAUUAGUGAUGAUGAAGAAUUAUUAGCAAUAAGUGCAAAAAAUGAGAAAACUGAGGAAACACGUUUAUACGUUUUUUCCACCGAAACUGGGAUAAAUCUGUCCUUCUACGAGGGAAACUAUAAUUUAAUGGACCCAUAUAACCUAAAAAAUCAAAUUGAUGCAAGUGAUCUUUUUGAAAGGAAUAAAAUUCGAAUUCAAGAACCAUACAUAAUUCGAUUGGAUGAAAUAUCGGAUAAAAUAAUUUAUACGAUCGACGGAAGAGUUUUAAUUGAAGAAUUAGUGCCUGAAAAAUGGAUCAAUUACUUACGAAACGAAUUGAAUGACACAAAUUGCAUUACAUCCCCAUCUAAAAACGCAAUUGAUAUUAUAAACAAAUUAAUUGAUGUGCAUUAUACUGACAAAAAAGAAUUUCAAGGUGAAUUUUUAAAAUGGGGAUUAGAAAUAAACGAUAAAUCAGUCAGUCUUAAAAGAAUUAAUAAAAAAAAGCAACUGGAUAUUCUUCCAUCAUUUUAUUCCAAUGCAACAAAUUUCAUACUAUGCUGUGAAAUUCUUGAAAAUGAUGAUUUCAUUACAAUUACACGUAUUGGUGUAAUUAUCUGGACUUACAGAAAUUCUGACAUUAAGAUGCAUUAUUAUUGGAAUUAUUGGAAUGGUCAUUUAAAAGGGUUCGAAUUUGAAAGGAACAAGUUUAAAAGUUUCCUUUACGACUGGACUCCAGUAAGAAUUCUUCCUGUUUCUAAUUAUGAAACAAUUUAUAAAAAUUUAGAUAUUAAAUUUGGUAAAGAAGAAAAAAAGCUUUUCAAAACAUUUUUGGAAGAUAAUAUAAAAGAAGAAUUUUACUUAACUUGCUACGGUAAAAUUCUCAUGAAAACAUUUAUUAAACUAAAUGAUGAUAAAUGGAUUCGAUUUUUAGGCGACAGUUGUAUCGAAAAGUGUCUGCGAGACAAUAAUCAUUUGAUUUCUAAAAUUUCUUUGCUGAGUAUUAUUUUUGAAAACUUUAAAGAAUUAUCAAAAAAUCAUCCUGCAUUUAUAGCAAGUGCUUUAUCUGCAAUAGGAUUUGUUGUUUGUUCUAAUAUAGUGAAUCCAAACUCUAAUUCUCCGCAUCUUUCCAGUUAUGGAAAGUACUGUCAUUUAUCUAAAACAUCAUUUAUUGAUAUAUUAAUAUCUAACCUUUGGAUUCAUUGGAUUAGUUUUCAAAAAAGUUUUCAAAAAAGUUUUCAAAAAAGUUUUCAAAAUAUUCUUCAAGAAAGUCACCCAUCUGUUCGAAAAUUCAUUGUAGACCGAAUUGUCGAUUUAUUAGACCCAAUUGUCGAUUUAUUUACUGUGGGCCGUAGUUCAAUAAUACUUGUAAUUCCUUUACCAAACUUUGUUUCUUAUCCAAAAGAUUACAAUUUUUGGAAAGAAUUUCAUGUAAUUGAUAUUGUCCAAAAUAAUAAUUGGUCAGGUUAUAAAAAACCUUACAUUUCAAAGAAUCUUAAAGAAGUCCUUCAACUCCCUGAAGAAGAGCCCUCGAAUACAGAAAUUGAGGAAACUAUUAAAAAGCUAAAAGAAUCAUUUGAUAAGAUCAUGCAAAAUAAAUAG